AUACGGAAAUGCAGCCACGUUGUCAAAUGAUGCGGAAGAGGGGAUGGGACUGCUGUAGACACAGGAGGAAUAAUAUUGACAACUCUUGACUACUACUCUUUACACACCACACAAGACAGAAUGGCCCAGUUUGAGGAAGUAUCAAAGCAGUCCAGUCUGCACUCAAAACCAGAAGGAUUAGUUUUGCAGUAUGGCACCGCUGGUUUCAGGACCCACGCCAAACAUCUGGACCACAUCAUGUUCAGGAUGGGUCUUCUGGCAACUCUUCGCUCAAAGAAGACCAAAGCCACCAUCGGAGUCAUGGUCACAGCUUCGCACAACCCAGAGGAGGACAAUGGGGUGAAGCUGGUUGACCCCAUGGGGGAGAUGGUGACACCAACAUGGGAGGUCUAUGCCACACAGCUGGCCAACGCUGAGCAGGGCGACUUGAUCAAUGCUCUGAAGGACAUCAUAGAGAAGGAAGCUAUAAACAUGAUCCAGGAGGCUAACGUGUUUGUGGGAAAAGACACCAGGAGCAGCGGUGUUCGCCUUGCACAAGCAGUAUUAGAUGGAGUAUCUGCACUGGGUGGUCACAGUAAAGACUAUGGUUUGGUGACCACUCCACAGCUCCACUACAUGGUGUGCUGCCAGAACACACAGGGUAAAUAUGGAGAAGCCACAGUGGAGGGAUACUACAACAAACUCUGCCGAGCUUUCAUUCAGCUCACAAAGAAUGCGUCUAAUUGCACAGACGACCAGAAACACCUCUCAGUGGAUGGUGCUAAUGGUAUAGGUGCUCUAAAGGUGCGAGAGAUGGAGAGUCACCUGAAGAAGGAGCUGCAUUUAUCUCUGUUCAACGACGGCAGUGAAGGAAAACUGAACUACCAGUGUGGGGCUGACUUUGUCAAAGUGCAGCAGAAACCUCCAAAAGGCAUGAAGAUGAACCUAGGAGAGCGUAGCUGUUCGUUCGACGGAGAUGCUGACCGAAUAGUUUACUACUACACCGACCCUGAAGGAAAGUUUCACCUUCUGGAUGGAGACAAAAUCGCUACGCUCAUCAGCACUUUUCUCAAAGAGCUUCUCACACAGGCUCAUUUAGACCUGAAGAUAGCAGUGGUGCAAACCGCUUAUGCUAACGGCAGCUCAACACACUACCUGGAAAACACAAUGAAGUUGAUAGUGAGGUGCACUAAAACCGGAGUGAAGCAUCUUCAUCAUGCUGCGCAGGAGUUUGAUAUUGGUGUUUACUUUGAGGCCAAUGGUCAUGGAACCGUGUUGUUCAGUAAAGCAGCUGAGGAGAAGAUCCAGCAGCUCGCUGAGAGCUCAAGCUCAGACGAUGAGACAAAAAGAGCAGCUCUGCUACUGCAGAACACCAUUAAUGUCAUUAACCAGACUGUGGGUGAUGCCAUUUCUGACAUGCUGCUAAUUGAAGCCAUCUUAGCCAUCAAGGGUAUAACUGUGCAGCAGUGGGAUGCGAUCUACACGGACUUGCCCAACAGGCAGCUCAAAGUCAAGGUGUCAAACCCCAGAGUGAUAGACACGGAGGAUGCAGAGAGACGGGCGGUGAGCCCUGCAGGACUACAGGAAGCCAUCGACUCUUUAGUGAAGAAGUACAGACGCGCUCGCUCCUUCGUGAGACCCUCUGGUACCGAGGACGUGGUGAGAGUGUACGCUGAGGCUGACACACAGGAGAGUGCUGAUGCGCUGGCGCACGAGGUUAGCCUUGCAGUUUAUCGUCUGGCUGGAGGAGUGGGCGAUGAACCCAAACCUUCUCAAUAAAGACACAAAACACUAACUAAUCAGUCAUGAAUUAAGUCAGUAACAUCAUUUUAUUUUGUUGUAAGUUAUCAAAAUCACUCCAUCCUGGUGCCAGAUUAUUUAUAUAGUUGUUAACUGAACCUCUUGAUUCAAUUUUUUUAUUUCAAUGUAGUUUUUCUGUCUUUUUUUUUAAAGACUUGGGUCACUCAUUAGGAAACAAUGAAGGGAUUUCAUACUACUUUUCUUAAUGUUUUUUAAACUUGUUGCUCUGUGCCUUAAAAUAAUGGGUUUGUACGUAAUCUAGAUAAGUGUAUAUACCAUGAUUACAACUGUAGCAGUCUUCACACCUAGAUUUAGAUGUUUUAAUAGUAGUGUCUAUUACACUUUGUUAUCAUGUAACUUCUUACUAAACUAAAUCUCUGUGCACACUUUAAUCACACAUUUACUCAUGAGGACAUGUAGCAAUCACACUUCACUUGAAUGAAAAAGCUGCUUUGCUUUAAAGAAAUUCUAGAAAAUAAAAGAAAACAACGACCAUGA